CGACGGCCUACAGCUCGCUAGCCGCCCGGGAGGUCCACUACGCUGCAUUCCUCCGGGGCCGGGGCCUGUUUCCUUUGAAACUCUAGAGGCUCAGACGCAACACGACCUGCCGCAGGAGGUCACUCGCCGCGCCACCAAUGCCUCUUCUCCCUGGAAUUGUCACCCUCUAUUAAUAUUUUAUCUCUGCGCUAUUGAAUUCCGGUUGCUUCAUGCCGCGACACGAUACCCUCUGGAGUUUCUGCCUUUUCUUUGUUUGCGACUCCCCUUGUUGCGCCCCGUGUCCCAAAUAUACUUUACUUGGCCAGUGGGCUCCCUCCCUCCUUUGAACUAUUUACCCCGGCCACCUAGCUUCGCGGGACGACAACAGCCUCUCUCCAUCACACACAAACAAACACCAUGGCGGCCUUUGCCAAAUGGACGCUACUGCGGCGCCAGGCCGACGACGAGAAUAACGACGACGUGAACUGGGAAUUCGUAUCAGAUGGACACACUAUUCCAUGGUGGUAUAGCGAUACGGGCAUCAUCGUCAAAUGGACCAUCUUCAUCACCUUCACCGUCCUAUUCAUGGCCUGGGUCAUUGGCGGGUACAUGCACGCCAAAUCAAGACUUAAGAAGGGCCUGCCACUCCUCGCAUAUCACAGGUGCCUUGUGAGCAGACGGAUUCGCGCCCAGUACGACCCGAGCUACCAGUAUCCUCAACCUGCAUACUACCCACCGCCGAACGGCUACCCAAUGUACAACAUGCCGCCGCCCGUCUAUGACCCGUCUCGUCCUCCCGUCUACGAGCCACCUGCCGGGGGCACCAAGGUCGACCCGAUGCAGAAUAGGCAGUCUGAGUACGGACCGCCGCCAGGACCGCCGCCUGCGGCAAUGUCAAGAUAAACAAGGCAUGUUGGGGGAUAUGGACCAUCAAGAUGGUGUACGAUUGAAUCGCUGGUAGACACUGUAUCGAUGGCUGUACGGGCAGGCGGGGCAAAAACAAGGCAACAUGAGGUCUGGAUGGAUGCAUCUAUAGAAUAUAGAUAGAUGAAGAGAAAUA